AUGGUUCACUAUGGCUACUUUUCUACAAGUUUAACGCAGCGAGCUGUCGUGUUUUUAAUUCUGGUUUAUGUGAAUUUGCACGCCCUGAGUGAACAAGACUUUGUGUUCGGCAGAGAGAAGUAUGUAGAGCAAAAUGUUUCGAUAAAUCUGGAGCACUCUGUUUUCACUGUUAGUGAAAAGUUUCUUUCCGUAGCAAUUGAUGCGAGUAUGAUGAGGAAUCAUUGGCCCCACAUCAAUUUUACUUCUGAGAAAUUUUAUACCCUCGCGAGAGGUCUUUCCCCAGCUUUUCUUCGUGUGGGUGGCACAUCCGCAGAUUUUUUGAUCUAUGAUGAUUCUUCUGGCUAUAAUACGUUCAAGAAUGUUACAAAUUUUACAAUAACGAACGAGGAUUUGGAUAAGAUUCAUCUGCUUUCUUCUAAGGCGAACUGGAAUGUUAUGUUUGGAUUGAAUGUGCUUCUACGGCAGAAGGAUAGAUCUUGGAAUGCGAGUAACCCCAAACAAAUUAUGCAGUAUGUUGCUGAAAGUGAUUAUCAUUUUGGUUGGGAGCUUGGAAAUGGUAAAUUAAAAAUAGGAAUAAACUGGAUGUGUAAAUGUAGUGGAUAUUAAUUUUAGGGAUGAUUUUUACCUUACCCUUGAAAUAGAUAGUAUGGUUAACCAGGCAGUAUUACACUCUGAUUUCACUUUUUUCUUUUGUUUACUUGUAACUAUUUGGCAGUAAGUUUGUAGAUGCAGGUUUAGAUACUCUUUCAUGGGUUACUUGAAAUCAUUCUAUCCUUAGUUUUGAAUUCUAUUUACUUUGGACUUUUGGGUAUUGUACUGUAUGGAAAGGAGUUAAAUAUAAACGAAAAUGACAAUUAAAUCAAGGAUGAAACAGAGAAUACAACACAUGCUGUGGCUCAAUAUUUUACCUGAUUUGAUUACAUUUUCCUUUGUUUAUAAUACAGGGGGCAGUGGGGUCUGCUAGAGCACAGGCUUUUUGACUGUGAAUUUUAAAUUUAAUUUAAUUUAUGUCCAUGGAGUGUAGCAUUUGUCAAGAAAAAACAAAAACAAAAGACAAAAACAAACCUGACAAAACAAAUAAAGUAUAGUUAAUCAUCAAUUUCUUUAUAAAGCUACAUGCAAACAGACAUGACAUUUUUGGCUCCAGAAUGUUGGGAGUGGUUGGAUAGUGCUGGCAUUGGUUUGCAAAGGAUUCAAGGACUGAUUUUCAUGGAGACAAUGUGUUAUGUGUGUGUCUGGCCCCAACAAUGUUGGGAGAGCUGUGCAAACAUUUUAGUGCUAUGCUUUGGAGAUCAUGGAACAAAUGAAAUGCCUGGAGUUGUUGGCUCAAAAGUUUGAUGAGUUUCAAACUUUGUGCAACAACUCCCAACUACACGCAAUGACAUUGCAACAAGGUUUGCAAACGGAUGCUAGAUGUAACACUUGACAAAGUUGGGCGUUGUUGGCCAGCAUUAAUGUUGCAUCUGUUUGCAUAGAGCUUAAAGGGGAUUUAGUCAAGGGAGACCAGUGGAUUUUGCACAUGUUCCAUAGUUCUCUAUUUCCAAAGGGAAGUGAAUGGUUUUCAAAAUGCAUGGUGUAUUUUAGUUGAACUUCAGUAGGUCUAACAAAAUCAGUUAUCAUGGUUUCUCUGCAAAUUAGUCUUUUUCUGCUCCACAUUAAAUUUGGCUAGGUUUUCAUGAUCAUGUAAAAAAAGUAAGAUUCAGGUUGCAAUAUAUUGCAUACUUUUCUCUUAGACCUGUCAAAAUUUAUUUCCUUUUUUGUCACUUUAAGAACCUAACCUCUUUGAUGAUUUCAAUAAGUCACUGUCUCCAGACGAUCUUGCAAGUGACUUCCACACAUUGAGAGAAAUUCUGAAAAGCAGCCCUCAGUUUGGAAAUUGUCUUGUUGGCCCUGACGUUACCCGGAUUCAGAAUUAUUCUAAAAGUGCAAGCUAUCUUGAAAGGUAAUCUAAUGUUAAACCCCCUUCCGUUCAUUGCUUUGUUUCUUUAUUAUAGAGCCUGAUCAUUUCAAGACAUAUUUUAACAAGUCUGUAUCUACAGAGGAGCUAGCAGAAGACUUUAAAACCUUAAGGGCAAUUCUUGAAAGCACUCCUCAGUUUGGAAACUUUCUUGUUGGCCCUGAUGUUACGACAGUGGGGAAUCACUCCAGAGCUGCAUUGUUCUUGGAAAGGUGAAGUUCUGAAAUGGUUAGAAUUUGGCCAAAUAGCUGGCUCUUACCAGGUGUUAAACACUGUCAGUGUAAAGAAUAACACUGCAGUGACCUUGAGAUGGGGACAGCUUUUAGUCUAAUGGUGCUUAAGACUAUCCAGCUCAGGGAAGUUGUUGUCAACUUUAAUAACCGUACCCUCAAUUAAAUAAGUUCUUCCCUUUGAAUUAGAGCCCCCCGUGAAUCUAUUAGGACAUGGAAUAGAAGUAUUCAACACAAGAAUUUACUUAGAUAAUAAAUUGUAGAGGAGACAGACUUUGAGUGUGACCCCACCCAGAAAAUUAAUAAUGAAGUAAGGACCCCACUUUCAAUUAGUGCCCCUAAGAAGAUACCUUUUUUGACUUGGCAGCUUAAUUUAAACACACGAGAAAAAACAAGGUACACUGUUACUAGCAAAAUUGUUGAGGUUUGUUAAUAAAGGCGGAGCUUGAGCAUUGUUGAGAAAAUGUCAGUCAUUCUAUACACUUUAUCUGAUUUCCUUAUCAUGAUCUCUCUGCUGUUAAUUCUCCCUGUAGUGAAUUACUAGCAGCCUUUUUUAAGAAUUCAGGUAGUGGGGAGUGGCACAAAUAGGAAGCGGAGGAUACCAUUCUCUUUGCACCGCCCUCACUAUAUGAACAUGAACAAGGAACAGGCUAAAAGUAAUCACAAUGAGGUAGUUUACACAACCUAAAUAAGUGAACUUGUGCAAAUUCUCGACUUUCAUUGGAGAUAAGAAAUAUGAGUAUUUGCCACCAUGUUACUAUUAUCAUUGUUUUGUUAUCCUCUGUUUACGAUUGUAAUUGCAUUCUCUUGUUUUCCAUUUUUUAGUUUUGUUUCCCGAGCUAAAGAUGUCAUUGAUGCAGUUACUUGGCACCAGUGAGUAAACUUAGAUGUGAAUUAUUGUAAUGAAUGUUUGUGUUAUUUCCCCAUUUUGAUUGUUUGUUAUUAUUUUUUUCUUGUUAGGUACUACCUUGAUGGAAGAACUUGUACUAUGAAAGAUUUUUACAAUCCUGAUGUAUUGGAUAAAUUACUGUAUGAGCUGGAGGAAGCCAAUGAAAUCUUGGAUAAACUAGAUCCAGGUACACCCAGGUGGCUGGGAGAGACUAGCAGUGCUUAUGGAGGCGGGGCUCCUGGAUUGUCUGACAGAUAUGGUGCAGGAUUCUUGUAAGUUUACUUUCAACAAUAUUAUUUUCAGUGGAAGUAACAUUUUUUCUUCUUAGCAUCAAAAGUGGCAGGAUGGGGUUGGAAAAUUCCAUUUUUUGAAUCAGGCAAAAUUAGCACAUGCCGUAGGAUAGUAUAUGGCUCUUUAGGUGCUGUAAGUCUGUAAAUCUGGUGUGGUCAAAGGGUGUCAAUAUUAUUUUUAAUAUAUACCUCACCUAAUUUAUCAGGGUGGCACACCUGUGUUGAGUCCAAGUGGUCAGAGGGGAGACUAGGAGAAUUCCUUCCCCCUGGCCUGCAGCUGCUGUACCUCUUCCUCUUUCUUUAACUACAAAUCAAAAUCUUAGCCGGACCAGUGAAUGUUUGUUGUGGUGUCAUCUCCAGUUACAUGAACACCAAGACUUUACCCAAGUGACUAUACAUUCUGCAGUUAGACCUACUGAUGUGUGGUCUGAGUUGCUACUCCAUAACUACAUGUUAUUGCAUAGACUUAGAUUUACAUGCACUCUCCUGUUCCCUCUGUCACCUCACGUGAGUGGAACAUGAGGAGAAAAAGAAAAUCAAAGUGCCAUCACUGGUUUGCUUUUAGAACUUAGAAACGAGGCGUUGGCUCGUAAUAAUAUGCACCCUUCAACAAAACGCAUUUAAGCCAUACAAUAUUAAAAUCUUGUUAGCCUAUAGAUGGCUUCUCCUUGCUGUAGAAUGAAAUUCGAAAGUCUCCUUGGCAGUCAUCAGUGUAUUUCAUCACACAAUGCCCUCCUGGUUCCUUCCUGCUGAAGGGAACAACUCCCUUAUGAAAGGAGUAGCGAUGCCCGACUUCUUGUUAAGGAGAGUAAGUCGCAAAUUUUGGUCUACUGGCACCAGCAUUUUGACCCAUCAGCUAUUUCUAAUAGUUGUCUGUGAAAAAAAAAAUCAAAAGAAGCAGAUGCUUUAAUUAGUGUUUUCAAGGUCUGGAAACGAGGGAAAAUAAAGGUAAAAACUGCUUCUUGAGGUGAGGUAUUAUUUAUUGUUUUGUUAUAUAAUGGCAAAGAAAAGUUAGAUAGGAAUAAAGCAGUAAAAAGUUGAAAAAAAUGUUAGCGGUACCCAAAAGAGGUACCCCUUGGUCGGUGAAUAUCAUUUUUCAGCGCAUUGUCACCAUGAACAAGGGUUAUAUGCUUCUGUAGCCUGUUCCAGGCUCUUAGAUAGUGGGGAAGAUGUGAAAGUGAAAGGCGCGCAAAAAAGGGGCGGGUCGGGAGAAAGGAAAAAGGAAAAAGUUUCCUCUCGUUAUAUUUUCGUGUUUGCGCUUUGUCAAUUCCGUGGACCCGACUAUCUCGGAGCCUGGAACAGGCUAAUGCUUCUGCAAUGAAGUACUUCUAUUAAUUUUUUAAUGUUUCCAGGUGGCUUGAUAAGCUGGGACUUGCUGCUCGAAUGCGUCAUGAAGUUGUUAUUCGCCAAACGUUUGCUGGAGGAAAUUAUGCGCUACUAAACAAUGAUUUGGACCCAAAUCCUGUAAGUAUAAUCUGUCAACUAAAGUAGCCUGUUCCAGGGCUCUCGGAUGAUAGGGACGUACUAUACCGAAAAUAAGGUCAAACGAAAAUUUGACGCGCAUGAUAAGAGAAAAGGUAACCUGAGAUCAGGCCCAAUUUUAGCAAUUCUCAUAUGUAGUCAAAUCUCUCUUAUGCAGUCCGGCUUCCCCGCCGGAAUGUUAUUUACAAAGAGAAAAGAAGCCUGAUGUCAGGUUAGAGAAAAGGAGGCUGUGGUGGGAAAAAGGAAAGAAAUCCUGUAAGCAUAUCUUUCACUACCCUCUUAUACCCUUUUUUUGUCAACUUUGGAUAAAUUUAGGCUGUCAAACUGUCAAAGUUUCGAUUUUUUGGAAUCAUUUUCAUAUUUCCUGCACGAGUGUUUUGCAGGUAUUUCUUGUCUCCCCAGCUCGCGCGCGUUUUCCUCACUUUUUAUCAUGAUAAUUGCAUAUAAUAUUUUGGAGCCUGGAACAGGUUAAUGGUAAAGUUAUUAUGCUCAUAGUAGUAAUAAAAAGAAAAAUAAUAGAAAAAUGCAUCGCUCCAUAUCGAAUGAAAGUGAUCAAAGCUGUCGUCAAAGGGUUUAAAUUAUACUUCUCAUCACAUGUAGUUUAUAAGGUCUUAGCAGUGUUGCCACUCCGACUGUUCGACCGGUCACUUCGUUAAUAUUCGACGAAAAUGGCAUGGCCCAACCAUUGGCAACAAGGUCCCACUGUAACUGGCAUAAGCUACUGACUGUAAUGUUCCCUCUUGAAGCAGAUCUCUAGGGAUCUUACGCUAACUGCUCAAAUUAUAAACUGUGCUUUCAUUCCGUGCAUCCACUGUGAAUUUUUGUCCUACUAAAAAACUCGUUUGUGUUUCUUGCAGGAUUACUGGCUGUCUUUGUUAUAUAAGAGGCUUGUGGGGGUAAAAGUCCUAGAGGUGAAUGGCGGAACAGAAGAGAAGCGUACCACCCGUGUAUAUGCUCACUGUGCUAGCAGGUAUAAAAUGAGUCGAAAACUCUGUCCAGUCACUUUGAGGCCUGAGCUGAACUGGCUCUUUUUGUUUGAUUUAUAAGACAGUAUGUUACUGCACUCUCGUUGCUUGGAAAGGGGGUCCCCUAACAGCUGAGCGGGGCUUGAAUUUAAUCAUUUAUUGCUUUACGAAAUACAGGAAAUACCCUGUUGGUGCUGUCUCCCUCCUUGUUCUGAAUAUUCACAAUCAUGACCCAGUUGGCUUGAAACUUACUGGAAGCCUCCAACAAAAAGAAGUGGAAGAGUACCUGUUGACAACAGAAAACAGUGACCUUACGUCGAAGUAAGUACAAUAGUCUGAAUAGUUUGUGAUGAUAAAUGAGGUAACUUCGUACCGAAGGAAGCAAAACCCUAGGUAUGGAAAUUCCCGCGUUAAUUAAGGCAGGUAGGCAGGCAGCAGACAGGCAGACAAUCUGACAGGCAGACUGGGACACAGGCAGGCAGGUAGGAAGGCAGGCAGUUAGGCAGGUAGAUAGGUAGGUAAGCAGGCAGGCAGGUAGGUUGGUAGGCAAAUUAAGCAGGCAGAAAGGUAGGCAGGUAGGAAGGCAUGCAGGCAGGCAGGUUGGCAGGUAAGUAGGAAGGAAAAAAUCAUAUGGAUUUCUACCCUAACACCCUCCUCCGGUAUGAGGACUGUAGGUAGGUGAGUAGUGCAGGCAGGCAGGUAAGUAGACAGGCAGGCAGGCAGGCAGGUAGGCAGGUAGGCAGACAGAUAGACUAUUACAAUGUAACUGGAAGUGACAGGGGUCACUUCUUGCACUUUUGCCACGAGCUGAAGUUCGUCAGCUUUUGAAUAUUUUUGCGGUGGUAAAUUGAUUUUUCUGGGUUUUCAAAACCGACCCUUAAGUCCUGGUUGGAAGACCGACAUCCCUGCAACCGGUUAAGUGUUUUGUCGAAAUAGGUAUUAGACUUAAACCCCAUUUACACACGCUAAAAAAAAUCAGCACGGCACGCACGGCACUUCCAGGAGGUAGUCUCGGCACCCCUAAAAUUUUGAGCACUAGUGCCAUAUUACAUUUGGGACCUAUACGUUUACACGUCGAAAAUUGGGAGUGCCGUGCCUUAAAAUCGUCAGCACGGUGCCUAAAAUUUGGCGUGGCGUGCAGUGCCGAUGUUUUUAGCGCGUGUAAAUGGGGUUUUAGGGUUAAUUGAAAUCUUGGGCUGCUUUCCAUUAUGCCAAAUUUCCGGAACUUUCGUUUGAUGGAACGUUUCGCUCCUGGUGGAUAUUUCCCAGAAAAAAUGAUGCACCUCCAGAGGUGGUCCUCCUCUACUAGUCGGUCCUGUCCGACCGAAACUUACCGUUACCUUUCCAAAAAUUCGCGUUUCCAGUCCCACUUCGCUGAGAAGUAGUCAAAAUUUCGAUUGAAACGUACCUCACUGCAUUAAAUUUUUGCGACACGUAAAUUUCGCGGUUUUACGAUGGGCGUAUUUCCCGCGGUUUUGCAAAAUUUUUGUACUUUGGAUCACUUUAAUUUCGCGAUCUAUAGUAAGACGCUAUUUAUUCAUUAACUUAUCCUUGAAGCAAACAGAACAUCGUCAUUUACAAUAACGUCAAAAUUUAUAACGCGAUGCAGCGACGGGUCUAUAUGAGAACAGUAACAACAAAGUUCUAACAAUUUCCACAAUUACGCUUGUUCGUUAAUUUUAGUCAAUUGACCAUGAUCUCCAUGUUCGUUUGUGUAAAUUCGUCCUUUCUUCAUUAAUUAUUAGCUAUUGUUGAUAUAUUGUUAUUCACUUAAUUUUCGCGUCAUGUUAUGCUCGCGAUACUUAUUGUUCGCGUCACUUUUUAACUUUCGCGAUUUUAAAAAGAGUCGCGAUUUUAUUAAAUUGUCGAGAAAAUUUCGUGUAAUAAGGUCAAUGGAAACGUCUAUCCGCUUCGAAAUUUCGUUCCAUUUUUUCUUGGUUAGUUCUACUGGUCUCUGACAGGUCGGUUUGGCAGAGUGGACAGCAUUCCCGGUAAGGGGUACACUCCCGUUCUGCUGAGUGCAUUUGAAUUUGCCCUGAACCAAAGGUGAAGAAAUAUGGAGUGAUAGAGUUGCUCUUAUUUUUUUUGUGACAGAACCGUCCUGCUAAAUGGAAGAGUUCUAAAACUUGUGGAUGACCAUACCUUUCCAGAUCUUAUUCCUGCGAUUGUACCGGGAGAUAAACCUCUCAUUCUUCCGCCUCUGACGUUUGGGUUUUACGUCAUCCCCGGAGCUUCUGCUGGUGGGUGCAGAUAGGCCAAAAACCAUCCGUAGAACAACUGAGGACGAAAAUCAUUGUUCAACGAAGGUUGAAUUCCUAGCACCUUGAUAUACUAUCUAUCAUUCAUUUUUUUAGGAAUGUGUCACUGAAUGACGAAGUCAGUUUUUCAAAUUAGCCCCAAUUCUCAACAGAUAAUAUUUUCGUUUUGUAUAACUGCACACCUUUGCAGCAGCUGUAUUUUUUCUAAUUUUCAGUAUUUUUAUUCAAUAUGAAUUGCAACUGUAAAUUCUCAUAGGUCUCUAUUCAGUUGACCUCAUUUAUAAAUUCAAGCAAUAUCAAUAUCUAUUGACUGCCUCAGGAGUCAUAUAUUAGUAAUAGAUGAAAACAAGUUGUAGUGUGUGAAAAAAGCAAUGAAGUUGAACUUGAAUUCAAUCGAGCGGUAUGGAGGGUAUAAAAGGAAAAUAAAGGAAGAAAAGGUAGUGUUUUACUGAUGAAGUGGCGUUUUUUUGGUCGUUCUUCUUCGUAAGAUUACAAUAAAUUUACCAUCUAAAUAUGUAAGAAUCAAGAAAACUAAAUCCGUGUUUUUUUUUCCUUAUUAAAGCGGCACUUUGCGCAAUAAACUUCCAGGGUAUUCUUUGCAAUCGAUGGCAAUUUUUUUGUCAAAUUCGUCGCAAAGCUUCUCAAAGCCUCUAACUGCCAUGCUCUUCGUUAAGUAAUAGGUGUUUCCCCUCUCUCUUUUUUUCUACCGUGUUUACGCUGUGAUUUUUCGCCAACUGGU